GCUUUAGACACAUGUUCGCGUCGCGCGAGGCUUCGCAGCUUUGCCUGUUGUUGCGAGCAAGCUGUUGGGCUCGCGUGCAGAAUCAGCGCAAUGAUUGAUGGCCGGGCGCCGAUGUUCCUUCCGUGCUCAUGGUAGUUGGUGCUGCGUUGUGGCUCUUCGAUUCGGAGCUUGAUCGCUUGCUGUUGGAGGAGGAGGACGGGACCGCAAUCUUGCUACGAUGGGAUUCUUAGAUGCAGCGGACGCUGAGAACCAGCAGUCGACUGCAUCGGGCAAUCAGUAUGUUGGCGAUGUAUUUGCGGACGUCAACAAUCUGGAUCACUGUAUAAAGUAUCUAAACCAGUCUCUCACGACGUUUGGUUUCCCGUCAACGCUCCACUUAUAUUCGAAUGACCCCGCGUCAAUCGUGCAAACCUGCAACUGCUUGUACGCGCUUCUUCAGCAGAGACAAAGAGAUAUCGAGUUUCGUGAUGCAGCUAAUGAUCAAAAACAAAGGCUUAUGUCCGACAUGACGCGACUCGAAGCCAGGCUAGAGCGACAAGAUGCACAACUGAUCGCCAAAGAACGUGAAUUAGCAGCUUUAACCAGCAAGGAACAAAAGGCGGCAGCUGCGCAUAAAGUUCAACUCGAGAAGCUGCAGCAAGAGCGGGAUGAAUUCCAGCGAAUGGUGGUGUCUACACAGCAAGUGCGCGUACAACAAUCUCAUGAGCUAAAAAAGAAAGAGAAAGAAUACGCUAAACUUCAGGAAAAACUAAACCAAGUAUUGGCCGAAAAGAAAAAGGAAACGAAACCAGCGUUGGAGAUUUUGACCUUGUUGCAGAAAGAAGGUCGACAACGUGGAACAUGGAACACCAAGAAAGCUGACGGUGAUUUCUACAAGAUGAUUGUUGAUGCAUAUGAAGCAAAGAAGCAGGAGCUCAUGGCAGAGAACACAGAUUUACGAUCGCUUCUUCGUUCAAUGCAGUCUGAUAUGCGUGACUUUCUGAACACACACAACGGCGUGGGGAAGGCUACUUCUGUCAACGGAAGCUUUGACCUCGAUCGACCAUCAACACCACUUGCAGGGCGGACGGAUGUUUUUGAUCUGCCGUUCCACAUGGCGCGAGACCAAAUUGAACAGAGUUUGAGAACCAAAAUGGCCUCCAUCAAGGAGCGCAUGAUGCAGCUUCAAGAAUCUCAACAAGCUCUUAGAAGUAACUCAGAGGCUAGUGAUCGCGAGCUUGAGCUCGAGGCUCAGCUUGUUGAGGCUCGCAGCAUUAUCACAGAACAGGUAUCGCUUAUGAACAAGCAACUCACUGAGGAUCCAAGAACAUCUGCACCUGGUCACGUUAUAGGGAAAGGUGCACCAGCCUUCUUUGGAGCUGAUGAGGGUAGAGUUGCUAGUUCGGAUUGGAGUACACAGCUGGAGGCGGAGCGGUCUGCAAUUAAGAAGAUGACUGCGGAUCUCGAAAGAGAGCGCCUUGAGGUGGAGGAAGCUAAAGAAAGGUUUCAGGAAGAGCAGGCCUCGUGGGCCAGAUCCGUUAAUCUCUGGAUUGGACGAUUGGGUGGAGCAAAAGACUUGCCUGGAAAGAAUGAUGAGUGGCCAGAAAACCAAAUUGCCCAAACAGAAAUAGCAAGUUUGGGUUAUGAAUUUUCAAAGAACCAAGCAGAAACCCAAGUAUCUCCUGUAGAUGCCCAAAUGGAUCGGCUGGGAACGCAGAUAGUUCAGCCUAAAGCUCAAACAUCCCGUAAUGGAUCGAUAGAAGAUGUGGCAGAGAAGAAGACAAGACACGUAGAUGCCCAGUACGGUUUAUCUCAAAGUCAAGCUUUUCAAGAAAAAAGAAGUUUUUCCUUUGCAGAUCCUCGUCGUGUUCGCAGAACUAAGAGCCUAAGUGAGGUACCGAAUUGGCACGAACACAGGAGGACUGAUAUCAUAACUCCAACUGAUGUUUCUGUUUUUCAAAAAGCUGAUCUCAGUUCCCAGGCAAUGGGGAAAGAAAUCUCCUCAACAAGCAGGUCUAACAGUUCACGUCUGCAUGGAAAGUUUGUAACUAGUCAGGAAACUGGUAGUGGUGGUAGAUCAUCACGUAUCUAUGACUAUCAAAAGAAUUCUGCGCUCGGUUAUGGUCAUUAUCCUGAAACCGAAGCUAAUCAAGGUGUCGGACGGGAUCUUACCCGUACCAGUCACAGGAGGGCAGGCUCCAAUGUGGAUAUCUUGACAGAACUGACUAAACAUCAAAGUGACAGGUAUUUGGACAGGACUGACAUUUCGAAAGCAUCGCCUCAGGAGAUUAGGACUGAAAGUAAACGCUUACUUGCCGAAGAGCAAGCUGAGCAGUCGUUUAAGCGUGCAGAACUCGCGCGUUCUUGGUCAUCUUCUAGGCGAAAUUCAGAACCGAGAAUACAUCCUGAUUUUCACUUCAUACCAGAUGAUGCCUGGGUCGAUGAUUCCCAAAGCGUUCAGACAGCAUCCGAACAGGAUACACAGAGAAAUUCGCUGAAAGGUGUUCACUCUCAAAGAAGUACCACUUCAACAAGGGUGGAGCCCAAGAAAGAUGGCGAACCAGUUCGCAUGUCGUCAAGACGUAUGGAUGUACCUUCCACGUCAAAUGGCCAGAAGAACAAACAAAAAGAUCAACAAGCGUCUUGUGGGUGUUUCCGUGUUUUCACUAGAAGUAGUUAGGAAUACAGCAGGUGCUCAAUUCAGAAUUUUGAUCUGUGCUCGCGGUAGCACAAGAUGGGUUCUAAUUGUGGAUCUUUUUGAGCUUCUGUAACGAAGCUCAUGGAUGGUGAAACAAGGACCUUCUUCACGAGGACCUGCAAUGUUAUCUGUAGUUUUGUAUCAAUAAGCAUACAUCCAGCCUCGAGAAAUACCGCGCAGAGAAAGGGGUUCACAGUUUUAUUCGAAGUGUUUCCCAUUUUGGAGUAUUGAUCCAUCAGGAGUUGGUAGGUUGUCUGCUUCGGUCUCUUGUCCAUGUGCUUUCAACGGGAUGUUUUUGAGGUACGCCCGAGUUAAGAUCGUGCUUGUGAAAUUCAAGGACGACACCGUGCGCAAUGUAUAAAGUCUAGCAAGAAGUUCUGAAGCAGUUCGCUGAACGCCCUUGUUGGCUGGUGAAGGUUAUUCCAACUACUCUCGAGCAUCGUAGGCUGGUGAUGCUACACAAACUGUAAGGGUCACAGGCAAGUCUGAACUUGGAGCCGUUCAGCAAGCUCUCUGGAAGCUUUAAUCUCUUGGAACUGCUAGAUUGUGAGCAAGUAUCUUCCAGAGAGUAACUAUCACCUGUGUCCUGUAUUGUACGUAGAAACUUUUGGAAGCUAGUCAUCUGGGUCAUGUGCAUCAGUUGUAAAGUUUAGGGAGCCUUGUUACCCGGUCGCUAGAUCUAGUGUGAUGUUUUCAUACUUCUCUGCACGAAUCAUGACCAAGGGUGGUGGAUUAGACUGUUGACUUUCACGUAUGACUAAAACACUCCGAGCUUGUCAUAUGUGUCUGAGAACUGGGAGUUCAAGGAUCAAAAGUCGCAGCAAUUCACUUGGUUUUCCCGGCCUACCAUAGAAGGUACCCUACCCUGACUUGAUAUCGGAACCAUCCGGAGGUGUUUUCUCCAGUUCUCUCUGGUGUAUUCCGUCUAGCCGAAUUGUUGACAGGAUGACAGUACGUUGUUUCAAUUGUUUAAAUACACAUUACGCCUUCUCACUUUCAAGGCAACUGUUACUCACG